CCGGAUCUAGAUGCACUGCGAGGGCAAUUUAUUAGCGAACCUAGCCUGCCUAUGAUUUUACUGUGAAAAAUAACAACCCCGUGCAUGUUUCACCGGGUCCUGAUCAGUUUUUCAGCCAUCUGACAUGGGGAAUAACCCAGCAUCUAAACAAGGGGACAAACCUGAAAGUUACGUGAGGGAUUUUCUAACUGAAGCAAAAGAGAGCUUUACAAAGCAAUGGGAUUGCGACAAACAUAACACAGCUGCCCUCGAUGACUUCGAUAGAAUACGAACCCUCGGGACCGGGUCCUUCGGUCGGGUAAUGUUAGUCAGGCAUAAACCUACACAAAAAUUCUACGCAAUGAAAAUUCUUGACAAACAGAAGGUUGUAAAAUUGAAGCAAGUUGAACACACGCUAAAUGAGAAGAAGAUUCUACAAGCCAUCUCCUUUCCGUUCAUUGUCAGCUUAGCAUACCAUUUCAAGGAUAACUCCAAUCUGUACAUGGUCUUGGAUUAUAUUCCUGGCGGUGAAAUGUUCUCUCACUUACGGAGAAUUGGCAGAUUCAGUGAACCACACUCCCGAUUCUAUGCAGCCCAGAUUGUCCUUGCCUUCGAGUACCUCCACCACUUGGACCUUAUAUACAGAGAUUUGAAACCGGAGAACAUCCUAAUCCAAGAGAAUGGUUACAUUGCAGUAACAGACUUUGGUUUUGCCAAGAGAGUGAAGGGUAGGACAUGGACCCUGUGUGGUACACCAGAGUAUCUAGCCCCGGAGAUCAUCCUCAGCAAGGGAUACAACAAGGCAGUAGACUGGUGGGCAUUGGGGGUUCUCAUCUAUGAAAUGGCAGCAGGGUAUCCCCCAUUCUUUGCCGAUCAACCCAUCCAGAUCUACGAGAAGAUCGUCUCAGGAAAGGUUCGCUUUCCCUCUCACUUCAGUGCUGACCUCAAGGACAUCUUGCGCAGCUUGCUGCAGGUUGACCUGACAAAGCGCUAUGGCAACCUCAAGGCCGGCGUGGCCGACAUCAAGCUCCACAAGUGGUUUCAAUCAACUGACUGGAUAGCCAUCUACCAGCAAAGGGUGGAUGCUCCAUUUGUACCACGGGUCAAGGGGCCAGGAGACGCCUCGCAGUUCGACGAGUACGAGGAGGAAGCGCUCAAGAUCUCGCUCACAGAGAAGUGCGUCAAAGAGUUUGCCGACUUCUGAGCCGCCACCCUCCUCUUCUCCACUUCGUUGCCUCCAGGCGCGGGUCUCUUUUGUUCCUCAUCCAUCGUUAAUGGGAGGACGAAACUAACCCUGUUCCAGUGUUUGGACAAACUCUACUUUUUUUGUUCUCUCUGUGAUUUAUUAUUGUAUGUACAAAAAACAAAAAAGAUAUGAUGGAGAAAAAGAUGCGAGGAUUGCCAUGUACAGAAAUUGUUACUCUAUUAUGAGAGAAUUUAAAAUGCAGAAGAUGAAAUUUAAUAGAUUUAAAAAGUAUGAGGAUAUGAAUUUGUGAAAUAGCUUUGUUAAGAAACCAUUCUACCUGCCAUUACUUUAUGUGUGUGCCAAAGGGCGCAUGCUGGUGGAUAGAAAGGGUAUAGUUUUACUCAUGGACACACACAUGAAAUAAUAUACGUGGGGGUGAUGACUUUAGAACGUUUUUUGAAAGACAAUCGCAGGUCUCUACCUUGGAAUCAACUCUACUCCUCAUCGGUGUGCAUGGGGUACAUUCAGGCGUAUAUGUAUAUUUUCUCAUUUCAAGGCAGUUGUCUGAUGUUUGCGGGAAAACCUAAGAUUGCCCUCACUGUCCAAGCACAAAUUGAGUUAGAUAUUGUCAAAUGUAUUGCCAUCUUCUAAAUACAAGUAUACUUUUCUUCUUCCUUUUUUUUCCCCUCCUUUUUAUAGUCUUGCUGUGUUACAGCAGUAAACAUCAAUUAUUACUAUUUUGUUGCCCAAAUCGGCGAUUAGAUUUAUGUAAUCACUUAGAAACUUGACCUCGACAUGCCUACCGUGAAAUCAAUCAUUACUUACUUGAUUUUUGAAAGAGAUGUUAGUGGCUAAAAAUAAGGAAGACUACUUUUUAAAAAAUGAAUUAUACAAUGGAUUGGCAUAGAAACACUAAAACAGAUUCCUGAUGUGGUAGUAGCCUAUUGCUUUUGUUAUUAGGAGAAAGUAAACGAGUCAAUUGAUGAAUCAGUUUAUAAUUUUUUGGCUAAUUUGGAGACCAUAGGGGAAGAAAAGAUGGUUGCCUGUCAGCCAUUUUUCAUGGCAGUGGAGACUUGAGAGAUCUUGUGGCUUUGUUCAAGUCUUGCCCUGUAUUCACCCCUCUCCCCCCCCCCUCCUAAAAAAAUGUUGUUUCAAGUGCCCUUCUUUCAAAAGAUGCAAACCCUCGUCAUUUGUCAUUCAAUGUGUGCUCAAUAAUGGUAUUAACUCAACAAGGUUUAAAAAGAAACGGGCAAGUCUGAGCUGUUUUGUUCCUUGCUUUACCGAACACAUCCUAGAUUUCAGUUCACCUGUUGACUGUGUAACGGUUAUCGCAAUCAAACAAAAAAUGAGAUGCGAGUUUCAUGUCUAGUUACGUUCACGAUUCCGUAAAUACAGUUCACAAAUACUUGAUAACAUAUGGGACAUCUCUUGGACUUGCCCCAAUAUUCAUUAUACGUGAAUUUCAUAAUUUGAGUUUUAUGUCAAGUUAAGUUCACAGUUCCGUAAUACAGUUCACCAAUACUUGAUAACAUAUGCAUAUGGGACAUCUCUUGGACUUGCCCUAAUAUUCAUCAUAUACAUAAAUUUCAUAAUUGUUACGUUUGUUCUGUCGGCCCUCUCCUCUAUUUGUGUUCUGGAGCGACGAAAAGUGCGACAGAUUAACAUGCUGCUUCAAAGAGCUGCAUUCAAUAUUUUAUUCUUUCUUUUCAUGUAGAUAUUUCCAAUAUGCAGAUAUACAAAUAUGGAGAAUCCACGACAUUAAAAUGUAUACGCAAAUCACUCCAUUUAGUUUUGGAAAUCACAGGAAAAGUAGGCAUAUCUUCUGAAUGAAAAUGAAGUAGAGUUUAGGCCAAACAUCUCAAUCUCGAGGUCAUUUUUAUACAAAAGAGGAAGAAAGGGAGACUUUGUUUUGAAUCUGAAUCAGGUCGUGUUAAUAGUUAUAUGGAUGUAUGCUGGUCAGAAAGAUAGUGUGUGUUUUCUCUUGACAUUUUAAACCAAUUUGUUAUUCAAUACUGUCGUCGUGUAUCUAGUUAUUGCAAUUAGCGUUGAAUUCACGAGUCUGCCCUCAUUUCUUUCUCUGGCACCUACGUUUGUUACCAAGAAGAAUUAAAUGGCAUUUAAAUAUAUAUAAAAUGUUGAUCGUGAUCUUUUUUAAUCACACAUAACCAAUAAGAUCCCUAACAACAGAUUACAAAGAGAUGAUAAUCACUACAUACGUAGAUAAAAUAGUAAAACGUCUAAUACAUACUCAUACUGAUUCAUUUAUAUUUUUUGUAAUACCUUUUUUCUCAAUAUCAGUAUAUGAGUCAUUUUUGGAUGCUUCAUUUGUCUGUUACUAAAUAAAUAGCUUGGUUUUCAUCAACAAUCCAUAUGUUUACUUUUUCAGGAGCGUUUAUCCGUUCUUUUUUAUCUAGGUUUUGUAGAUAGGACCAAAACUAGGUUUAAACAGAUUUUGGAGGAAAUAUGUACAGAUAGACAAGGACAAGUGGUUUGUUGAAAGCUUCAGGAAUGGAAUUUGGGGUGUAUGUCAUGGCUGUGAAGCCAGAAUAGCAUUAACUGUUUAAUGUGUAAGGUUUAACAUCCUUCUGCCUCUAAACAGACAAUAUUGUCAUGUGGUAGCAUAUCUGUCAAGUUGAUUUCUUGAGGUAAAGCAGUAAACUGAACGCCGUUUUUAGGAAUUGUUCUGUUUAUGAGAAUGCAUUUCAUUUAUGUUCCAUUCAACCAGUGUGCUAGCUGUCACUGUGCGUAGGUAGAGAAAACAUUUUUGUUUAUCUCGCUUCACUUUUUUCGUUUAAUUUUGACAAAAUUGUCAUGAAAAUCUUUAUGUCAAUGUGAACUGUCUGUCUUUUAUGUGAACUGUAUAUGAAACAACAUCUUCCACUUUAACAGAAAGAAAAAAAAAAUUGACUUUGCUAGCCACGGACAUAUUCCAGAUUUAGAACCCUACGGUAGUUUAAACUCUUUUGAAGAAACUUACAUUUGUGAUUGUAUCGAUGCACGAUUAAUCUAGAUUUCAAUCCUUGCGUGUGCUUUUUGUUUUCACAAAGAGGUCAGUUAUAUGUUUGGGGGCAAGGGAUUUUUUGUGUAUGAUUGGGGUAGUAUCGAUGUACAGAUUAGGAAACAUUUGCUGCAAUGGGUAUUAUUCUGUGUGUAGUUUCCCUCAAUGUCACGGCGAAACAAUCUGUCUGCAUAUGUUUAUACACCAGCCUCAACCACUAAAUGCACAAUGCAAAAACAGUGUCAAUGUUAUAGAGGACGAAUGAUGUGGUCAAUUUAGUCGCAGAGCGUCAGAAAAAUGGCU